AUGGAUAAACGGUGUGUUUGGAUGCUAGUGGUGUCAUUACUAAUAUUCCGAUUGGAUUUAAUAUAUUCUUCACCAGUCAAAUUACUCGUGGACAAUUCUCUGUCGGAUAAUUCCAAUUCGGACAAGUUACUCUCCGAUGAAUUACUUUCCGACGAUUCAGAAAUUAUGGUUGGUCCAGAUGAUAUCCACGAUGACCAGACAGUAGAAGAAAGAAAAGUUGUAUGGUCGACAUUACAACUAUUAGAAACUCGUAUAGCUCGUCAAAAACACAAACCAAUACAAAAAAACAGACCUGUAUCCAAAACAACCAACCUCCUAUUUGAAGGUGACAUCAUGCUGCGACCAUCAGAGGCAGUAGAAAAGGUGGAAGAAAAUUCUGAACGACAGAAACGAAAGAUGACUUCUAAGGAUUAUAAAAUGUGGGAUUUCCCCAUUCCUUACAGAUUCGAUACGAAAGGGAAAGCAAUUCAUGAUGAGGUAGAGAAGAGCCAUAUCCGGAAGGCGAUCAGACACUGGGAAGGCAGGACGUGUAUCACAUUUGAAGAAGUAGAUGCUAACUAUACAGCCAUGAAGCCAGUCAUAUUGUUUAAAAAAGACAUUGGAUGUUGGUCCUACGUAGGAAAGGAGAAGGCUUUUAGAGAACAAGAAGUCUCAAUUGGUGCUGGCUGUUUCAAUGUUGGAACCAUCAUUCACGAAAUAGGUCACGCCAUUGGAUUCUGGCACGAGCAAUCUCGACCAGACAGAGACGAUCACGUGACUGUGCUGUAUGAAAAUGUCAAAUAUGGCAAGGAUUAUAACUUUGUGGAAGAAUCCUGGCGUGACGUCAUUAAUCUGGGUAUACCUUAUGAUAGUGGAUCCAUCAUGCAUUACAAAUCAACUGAAUAUUCGUACAAUGAUCAGGUGAUGACGAUUAAAACAAUAGAUCCUUUACUCCAGAGAGUGCUAGGUCAGAGGGUGGAGUUAUCGUUCUUUGAUACCAAACUAGCCAACCUGGCCUACUGUAACAAGAAAUGUCCACAAGCACUAACAGAAAACAACUGUCGACAUGAUGGAUACACAGAUCCUCUCAACUGUAACAGAUGUAGGUGUCCGGAAGGUCUGCGUGGAGCCCAGUGCGAGACCGUGGCUCCUGCUCUCGGAGAGCCAUGUGGAGGGACAUUACAGAUUGAAGGUACAGAAACGUAUAAAAUAACAACACCUGGAUUUCCUUAUAACUUUCGUCCUGGACAACGCUGCUAUUGGUUGAUCAAGGCUAAAAAAGGCAAAUCAGUCUACCUGAAUGUUUCCAGUAAGAAUUUUAUGUUCACACCCAACUGUUCCAACUCGACACGAAUACCAUGUACUGAAGAUUUCCUGGAAGUCAAAUACCAUACUAGUUUUGGUGGAACUGGUGCACGGUUUUGCUGUACCGUACCUCCCAACAAGAUUAUUGUCUCAGAGGGCAAUGAGAUGCUAGUCAUAUUUCGAUCUACUUCCGGUGGUUAUGGUGGGUUCCAGGCUUCCGUUUCAUCCGAAUCAUGUGGAGGCUGUACGACCGAUGAACCGUUAGAACAGAAGGCGUGUGUCAGACAUGUCACUAGGUCAUGCAUACAGGAGUGGCAAGUGAGAGUGAAGGAAGAGUGCCCUGUUUUUUUCAUACCCCCUGGGGCUGAUUGUGGUGGAUAUGUAAACAAAACGAUGAGAAGAAAGUCGACGUGUGAUGAAGAAGAAAAAUAUUGCUGUGGAAACAGGAAGUUGGUAGAUGGCAAGUGUAUUGCAUCGCAGAGGCGGAUUGCAGCACCACCAACAACCACGACACAAAGAGUUAAAGUGUCUAACCAUGUGGUAGUGAACUAUUCCGAGACCAAUAUCAGCAACGACGUAAAUGUCGGAUGGUCGGAUUGGACGGACUUGACGCAAUGCUCGCGACAGUGUGGUGGGUGUGGGAGAAAGAAGGUGCGGCGGACUUGCGACUAUCCUACAAGCUGUGGUGGUAAAAGUUUAGAAGAAAAGACGGUAACGUGUAAUAUUGAGAAGUGUAAGAUUAGUUUGGUUACUCUGUGUAACCAAGUGAGAAGAGUAGAGUAUAGAUGUGGUUUGUUCUGGCCACUGAAAACAUGUACGAGAUAUCAGUCGUAUUUAUCUGUGUGUCAAUCAUAUUGUUGUCAAGGUUUCAAACAAACAGUUAACGGAACCUGUAUCCUAGCAACCUGA